AUGGAAGAGCAGGAAUCCAGUUUGGGCAGAAUUCAAGUGAAAUACCGCUCGCGGGAAGAAGCGAUGGCGGAAUACGCCGAGCGCAUUCGUUACUGCGAGGAGAAGUACGGUAUGUCCUCAGCAGAGAUGCGCAACCUUGUUUCCACGGGGGACGAUCAGUGGGAGACUCUGGAGAUACUCAAGUGGAUGUCAGCCGAUAGCGCAUACCGGCACCUGCUUCAGGAGGAGACUCCCACGGCUGGCAAAAUUGGGACAACUACCGAGUCACCCACGAGCGGCGUUUAG